ACCCUGUAAGCUGCCUCAGCUCCAUCCGACUUGCUCCUCUGGUGAACUAGGCUAAUUAAAUUGACACAAAGAUGUCUAAACUCCUACAAAGCAUCGUCACUGUCCUCGAAGUUUACUACCAAUAUGCCUCCCAGGAUGAGGAAUGUGACAUGUUGAGCAAGACAGAACUGAAACAACUUUUGCAAAAAGAAUUUCGUCAAGUUUUGAAGAACCCCGAUGACCCAGACACUGUAGAGAUCAUCAUGCAGACUCUGGACCGGGACCAUAACAAGAAAGUGGAUUUUACUGAGUUUCUGCUGAUGAUGUUCAAGCUGGCUCAGGCUUGUAACAAAAUCAUCGGCAAAGAUUACUGUCAAGCUUCAGGGUCAAAGCAAAGACACCACAGCCACCGGGACCAAGAGGAACAGAGUAAAACAGAAGAGGAGGAUGAAGGACAAAAGUCAUCUUCCAGUCAUUCAAGCUGCAGUUCAGGAGAGAAUGACUCCUAUUCCAAGGGCUCCAGAGGAAGCAUUAAACGCAGGCGUGGAUCCAGCUCUAAAAGAAAGGGGCAUGGAGGAGCUUUGUCUAGUUCAGGGAAAACCUCUGGGGAAAAAGGGAAAGAGUCAAGUUCAGGCCACUCCAAGGAUAGUAAGAAAAAUAAGUAUGGCUCUCAUCAGCAAGAAGGGUCUGGGAGUGAAGAAGUGGGGGAUAGUCAUUCAAGUCAUCAGGGAAGAAGAUCACACUCAGCAAAUCAGUCAGGCGGUGGUGGAGAACGAGGACAGGUGGGUCACUCAGAGGAUCAGUCUUUGAGUUCUGACCAGGAGAAGUCCAGGUCAAAUGAAUCCUUAGGGAACAGACAACAUAAGAAUAAGUCAAGCCAGCAUCAUGGAUUCAGCUCAGGGAGUUAUGGAAGACAAAAGCAUGGCUCCGGAUCAGGCCAAUCCUCAAAUUACGGAAAGUCUGGAUCUGACACUAAUCAGUCUUCUAGUCAGAGAUACCAUGAGUCUAGCUCAGGAUCCAGUUUCGGUGAGUCAUCAAACUAUGGACAACAUGGAUCUGGGUUUGGUCAGUCUUCUAGCUAUGAAAAACAUGGUCCUACUUCAGGUCAGUCCUCUGGUGUUGGACAACAAAGGUCUGGAUCAGGUCAGUCAUCUAGAUAUGGCCAGCAUAGCUCUAGCUCAGGUCAGCAUUCUAGCUAUAGCCAACAUGGGUCUGGCUAUGGGCAUCACAGAUCUGGCUCAGGUCAGUCUUCCAGCUAUGGUCAACACAGGUCCAGCUCAAGUCAGUCUUCUAGCCACAGCCAACAUGGGUCUGGCGCAGGCCAGUCUUCUAGCUAUGAAAAACAUGGGUCUGGAUCAGGUCGGUCCUCUGGCUAUGGCAGACAUAGAUCUGGUUCAGGUCAGUCCUCUGGCUCUGGGCAACAUGGGUCUGGAUCAGGUCAGUCCUCUGGCUUUGGUCAGCAUGGGUCUGGAUCAGGUCAGUCCUCUGGCUUUGGUCAGCAUGGGUCUGGAUCAGGUCAGUCAUCAGGCUCUGGACAGCAUGUAUCGGGACAUGGUCAAUCCUCUAGCUAUGGAAAACAUGGCUGUGCUUCAGGACAGCCAUCAAGCUGCACCCAGUAUGGACCUAUCUCAAAUGAGUCUUCCACCAGUGGUCAACAUGGGUCUGGAUCAGGUCAGUCUUCUGGCUUUGGCCGUCAUGAGUCUGGAUCAGGUCAGUCUUCUGGCUUUGGGCAACAUGGAUCUGGAUCAGGUCAGUCUUCUGGCUUUGGGCAACAUGGGUCUGGAUCAGGUCAGUCUUCUGGCUUUGGCCGUCAUGAGUCUGGAUCAGGUCAGUCUUCUGGCUUUGGGCAACAUGGAUCUGGAUCAGGUCAGUCUUCUGGCUUUGGGCAACAUGGAUCUGGAUCAGGUCAGUCUUCUGGCUUUGGGCAACAUGGGUCUGGAUCAGGUCAGUCUUCUGGCUUUGGGCAACAUGGGUCUGGAUCAGGUCAGUCUUCUGGCUUUGGCCGUCAUGAGUCUGGAUCAGGUCAGUCUUCUAGCUUUGGGCAACAUGGAUCUGGAUCAGGUCAGUCUUCUGGCUUUGGGCAACAUGGAUCUGGAUCAGGUCAGUCUUCUAGCUUUGGGCAACAUGGGUCUGGAUCAGGUCAGUCUUCUGGCUUUGGCCGUCAUGAGUCUGGAUCAGGUCAGUCUUCUGGCUUUGGGCAACAUGGAUCUGGAUCAGGUCAGUCUUCUGGCUUUGGGCAACAUGGGUCUGGAUCAGGUCAGUCUUCUGGCUUUGGCCGUCAUGAGUCUGGAUCAGGUCAGUCUUCUGGCUUUGGGCAACAUGGAUCUGGAUCAGGUCAGUCUUCUGGCUUUGGGCAACAUGGAUCUGGAUCAGGUCAGUCUUCUGGCUUUGGGCAACAUGGGUCUGGAUCAGGUCAGUCUUCUGGCUUUGGGCAACAUGGGUCUGGAUCAGGUCAGUCUUCUGGCUUUGGCCGUCAUGAGUCUGGAUCAGGUCAGUCUUCUAGCUUUGGGCAACAUGGAUCUGGAUCAGGUCAGUCUUCUGGCUUUGGGCAACAUGGAUCUGGAUCAGGUCAGUCUUCUAGCUUUGGGCAACAUGGGUCUGGAUCAGGUCAGUCUUCUGGCUUUGGCCGUCAUGAGUCUGGAUCAGGUCAGUCUUCUAGCUUUGGGCAACAUGGAUCUGGAUCAGGUCAGUCUUCUGGCUUUGGCCGUCAGGAGUCUGGGUCAGGUCAGUCUUCUAGCUUUGGGCAACACGGAUCGAGAUCAGGUCAGUCUUCUGGCUUUGGGCAACAUGGAUCUGGAUCAGGUCAGUCUUCUGGCUUUGGGCAACAUGGAUCUGGAUCAGGGCAGUCUUCUGGCUUUGGGCAACAUGGAUCUAGAUCAGGUCAGUCUUCGAGCUUUGGGCAACAUGGAUCCGGAUCAGGUCAGUCUUCUGGCAUUGGCCAUCAGGAGUCUGGAUCAGGUCAGUCUUCUGGCUUUGGCCGUCAUGAGUCUGGAUCAGGUCAGUCUUCUAGCUUUGGGCAACAUGGAUCCGGAUCAGGUCAGUCUUCUGGCUUUGGGCAACAUGGGUCUGGAUCAGGUCAGUCUUCUGGCUUUGGCCGUCAGGAGUCUGGGUCAGGUCAGUCUUCUAGCUUUGGGCAACAUGGAUCGAGAUCAGGUCAGUCUUCUGGCUUUGGGCAACAUGGAUCUGGAUCAGGUCAGUCUUCUGGCUUUGGGCAACAUGGAUCUGGAUCAGGUCAGUCUUCUGGCUUUGGGCAACAUGGAUCUGGAUCAGGUCAGUCUUCUGGCUUUGGGCAACAUGGAUCUGGAUCAGGUCAGUCCUCUGGCUUUGGCCGUCAGGAGUCUGGAUCAGGUCAAUCUUCUGGCUUUGGGCAACAUGGAUCUAGAUCAGGUCAGUCUUCCGGCUUUGGGCAACAUGGGUCUGGAUCAGGUCAGUCAUCUCACUCUGGACAAUGUGGUUCUGGAUCUGGGCAGUAUUCUGGCACUGAACAGUGCGGAUCUGGCUCAAGUCAGUCCUCUAGCUCUGAGCAAUGUGAUUCUGGAUCUGAACAAUAUGGGUCUAGCUCAUGUCAGUCCUCUAGCUCUGGACAAUAUGAUUUUGGAUCUGGCCAGUGUUCUGGCACUGAACAGUACGGAUCUGGCUCAUGUCAGUCACCCAGCUAUGGACAAUGUGGUUCUGGAUCUAGGCAAUAUUGUAGCUCUGAACAAUAUGGGUCUGGCUCAUGUCACGCACCUAGCUCUGGACAAUGUGGUUUUGGAUCUGGGCAAUAUUCUGGCACUGGACAAUAUGGAUCUAGCUCAUGUCACUCACCCAGCUCUGGACAAUGUGGUUCUGGAUCUGGGCAGUAUUGUAGCUCUGAACAGUAUGGAUCUAGCUCAUGUCACUCACCCAGCUCUGGACAAUGUGGUUCUGGAUCUGGCUGGUAUUCGAACUAUGGGCAACAUAAAUUACAAGGGAGAUAUAGGUCAAUUUCAAGUGGAACUCAUCAUGGGUACAGUAAACCCCAAAUAGGCUCAACCCCCAAUCAAUCAAGAAGAAAUAGCCAGGAAUGGUCAGGGUACAACCAGGAAGAAAGAAGUAGGAGUUCCAGCCUAUCAGGUAGUGAGUCUGAUGGAUAUGAAAGUAUUCACAGACAAAGACAAAGGUUCUCGAGUUCUGGCUCUGGACAAUUUGCACCCUCCUGUGGACAGUCUAGAUCCAACACUACCCACACAUUGUUAAUUUGCAAGGAGGAUAAUAGACAAGAUGGCCGUUGUUAUCAGACAGGAGGCGGUAACUGUAGAAGUGGAAGCAUGGGCUCAGGUUCCCACAAUGUCUGUAGCAGCAACCCAUUCUAUGAAUAUAUCCUGGAGCAGAGGCAUUAAUUCUACGAUGAAUAAUUAACAGACAUAAAAUUAACUCAAGUAGCAAUUUAGAAAGUAAAAAACUGUAACAGAUGAGUAAUUCAUUACAGUCUUUUUUCUAAAAGUGGAUGUAUCGGUCUCUAUCUUUUUCUUGUAAACAUGUGAUUGUACUCUAUGCCUUGUUAUCGGGUUCCUUCCAAAGAAUGUAGGGUAUGUGGGCUACUUUGUUAGGAAACCCUGAGUGGAACAAAUACUGUGUGGGACUAAAUUUGGAAGAACAAUGCAAAGCAGAUUUGGAGCUUGGUGUCAAGUUGAGGUGUCUUUUUGAGAGCUCAUUAUUCAUUACUUAUGCCAAAGCUAAGCCUGCAUCUCUAAAAAGCAAACAAUUAUAAAUGCAUUACCAGUUCUGGAGCCAAAGCUUCUCUUACAGCAAUGUGGACCAUAAUUUUCAGUCUGCCCUAUAUUGGAUGGUGGCAGAAAGAAGACCCUAAAAGCAAAGAUGGCGUGUUGGUAGUUUUUUUUUUGCGUAUCAAAACCACCAAGCCCUUAUUCUUGGGUACAUCUUUAAUCGGUAAGCUAACAAGAAGCAUUGAGAAGUGGCACCAAGUGCUUCUUUCUCCCUCGCCAGUGAGUGAAAGCAUUAUUUUAAUCAUCAGGGAUGGAUCAGUUCAGGAUUCAAAGAUCCAAACGAGGGCUCUGACUUGAUUAUAGCAAGAAAGAUGUUGCCCCUACUCUGAAGAAUUCGCUCCACGUUAAAAAAAAAUUUUUUUUUGAAGAGCAAUAGCAUGGAAAUACAAUGGCUCUAACAUGUUUCUGUAGUUCAUUGGCCUUUCCUCAUAGGAAUACCCUUUAUACCCAG